GAAUGUUCAUUCACUCACCCCUAACAUUAAAUACCCACUGUGUAUGAAUUGAAUGCCUCCAUACAUAUUUAUUUAUUUAUUCAUUUCUUGAAUGAAAAUGAAAAUGGAAUGGUGGGGCACAGUUUGGUGUAGCUUUACCAAUACUUAACUGUUCCCUAUGCUCCCCCUCAUUAAAUCACCUCUCAAACUCCUCCAGCUUUUCCCCAAAUCCAUCGUCUUCUUCCUCUCCGCCAUUUUUAAUUUCUUCUGCAAUUAAUUCAUAUAUAAAUAUAAUUUGGGUGUAUAAUUUUGGUGUUUCGACAGGAUCGGAUCGAAUCGAAUCGAAGGAUGAAGACAAUCACGGCGAGAAACCCUCAGGAAUCGCUCUCAUUCUCCCGUCGAUACUUCCACUGGAAGAAGAACAAGGCCGCAGUCGAAGACGAAGACGACGACAUGGAAGAAAUCCUCACCGUCGAUUCCUCCUCCAAAAUAAUCCCCACCGUCCAAUUACAGCACUCCCGCUCGGCGAGGACCCCCAGGAAGAAGCAGCUCCCGGGAGCCGUUGCGGUUUCGAAGCUCCGGGCCGCGCUGGCCCUGGGCCGGGGGGGCCGAGCCCAAUUAGGGACCAAAGUUGUGGGCACCCUCUUCGGGUACCGGCGGGGGCACGUCCAUUUCGCGUUCCAGGAGGAUUUCAAGCAGGUCCCGGCGUUCCUGGUCCAGAUGGCGACGCCGACGAGCAUACUGGUUAAGGAAAUGGCGUCGGGGCUUGUACGGAUAGCGCUGGAAUGCGACAAGAAGGCGGCGGCGGUGAAGAAAGGGUUCAAGCUUCUAGAAGAACCCAUCUGGCGGACGUAUUGCAACGGUAAGAAGUGUGGGUACGCCAUGAGGAGGGACUGUGGGGUCCAGGAGUGGAAGGUCCUGGACGCCAUCGGGCCGAUUUCGAUGGGGGCGGGGGUGCUGCCCGGGGCAGAUUCGGAGGGGGAGAUGAUGUACAUGCGGGCAAAGUUUGAGAGGGUUGUGGGCAGCAAAGAUUCUGAAGCUUUCUAUAUGAUGAAUCCAGAUGGCAAUGGAGGACCUGAGCUUAGUAUCUAUUUGCUCAGAGUCUGAUUUUUCUUCUUUUUUUUUUUAAUUUUAAUAUAUAUAUAUAUAUAUAUGAUAUGAAUGAAUUCAUGAAAGAGUUAUAUAUAUAAUAGUUUCUGAUCUUUCAUAUAUAGUUCUUGAAAUAACUAAUCAAUUAAUUUUGAUGGUAAGAAAUUGGUUUAGGGGGUGUUUGGUUUUUGGAGAUUUUU